AUGGAUACAAUUAACAAGGGUAAAUUAUGGUUAAGUUAUCAAAUUCAUAAGCAGAAAGUGGAUUUAAAAUUAUUAUUCUCGUCGUCAUCAUCAACGGUAGCCGCAACAGAGACUGAAAAUCCUGCACCGUUUAUUUCUCAGGUAAUACACUAUUUUAGAAAUUAUAGAAAACAUAACAAUUAUUUUCAAAAUGGUAUUACAAACGAUUCAAUUUACUGUCAGGUUAUGAUAAAACCGUUAGAUGUCGUUGAUGAGAAUUGUCCCUAUAUUAGCUUAUUUAAUGAAGAUACAUUAUUAAUGGAUUUAUAUAUGUAUGUUAAGAACCCUGCCGGUACUGAAUCACCUAUUAAAAAAAAAGAUGAUUUUAUAAAGAAAACAAUUGAACAUAAUAGUACAAAUAAUGAGGUGGAAGUUAUAAGAUUAAAAAUAACGGACAAUGAAUCAACUGUUUCUACUUAUGACAAUUCCAAGGAGUAUAUAUUCAUCAACUCUUGUGAUAAUGAUUAUACUUUAUGUUUAGAAUCAAUUAAUCUCGGUAGACACAAAAAUGUUGAUACAAUUGGUUCGCCCUUUAUCAAAAAGUUUUUACCUUUAUGCUUAAAUUGUGUUGUAAUCGAAAAUAGUUUUUUUCCAAACAUGAAAAUAUUGGACAUGUUUGACACAUUAAUAGUUGCAUUAGUGCAAAAAGAAAAUUGUUGUAGUAGAAUUCUUGUGGAAUUAGUGCCCCCUGAAGAUCACCUAAACGAAUACUUGUCAAGUAUAAAUUUUGAAAUAAUAAUUCCUAAAAAUAUAACAUCUACAUGCUCCUUUUUCAUGAAGAAUAUAUGUUCAAAAGUUAUAUACCAGGAUUUGGGGAUUAAAAUAAUCGAAAGUACGGAAAAUAGUCAGAAUUGUAACUUUUGUGUUACAGCUAUGGAACUGCCAGAUAUAUUUAGAGUCCAAGAUCAAAGAUAUUUACAGUUUAAUAGCGAAAAUAGAAUAAAUGAAUGUGUUAUAGAAAUGUUAAUAAAUAAAUUGUAG